CAGCUGUUACGAGAACUGAAGCACCCGAACGUGAUCGCGCUUCAGAAAGUGUUCCUGUCCCACAGCGACAGGAAGGUGUGGCUCCUCUUCGACUACGCUGAGCAUGAUCUCUGGCACAUCAUUAAGUUCCACCGUGCCUCCAAAGCCAACAAGAAACCCAUGCAGCUACCCAGAGGGAUGGUGAAAUCUCUUUUGUAUCAGAUUCUGGAUGGGAUCCAUUACCUCCAUGCCAAUUGGGUGCUUCACAGGGACCUGAAACCAGCCAACAUCCUGGUGAUGGGAGAAGGCCCCGAGCGAGGACGAGUUAAAAUUGCUGAUAUGGGAUUCGCCAGACUCUUCAACUCUCCCCUGAAGCCGCUGGCGGACCUCGACCCUGUGGUGGUGACGUUCUGGUACCGGGCCCCCGAGCUGCUCCUUGGGGCCCGACACUACACCAAAGCUAUCGAUAUCUGGGCAAUUGGUUGCAUCUUUGCGGAGCUGCUCACAUCAGAGCCCAUCUUCCACUGUCGCCAAGAGGACAUCAAGACCAGUAACCCCUUCCACCAUGACCAGCUGGACAGAAUAUUCAGCGUGAUGGGUUUCCCUGCAGAUAAAGACUGGGAGGACAUCAGAAAGAUGCCAGAGUAUCCCACGCUGCAGAAGGACUUCAGGAGGACAACGUAUGCAAACAGCAGCUUAAUCAAGUACAUGGAGAAGCAUAAAGUGAAGCCAGACAGCAAAGUGUUCCUCUUGCUCCAAAAACUCCUCACCAUGGACCCCACCAAACGGAUCACCUCAGAGCAGGCGCUGCAGGACCCCUACUUCCUGGAGGAGCCUUUACCAACAACAGACGUGUUUGCUGGCUGUCAGAUCCCCUACCCAAAGAGGGAGUUUCUGAAUGAGGAUGAACCUGAGGAGAAAACGGACAAGAACCAGACCCAGCAGCACCAGCAGACGAUAGGCCAGAACCAGACCCAGACCCAGCAGCAGGCGGCGGCCCAGCAGGCCCCCUCCCAGCAGAGCUCGGCUCAAACCAACGGAGCCACGGGGGCCAACACAGGAGGAGGAAUGCAGCACGGUCAGGAUCAGGGCCCACCCAACAAGAAACCUCGGAUCGGGCCCUCUGGAGCCUCCUCAGGAACCGGAGUGUUACAGUCAGAGUAUCAGCACUCCAGCUCCAGGCUUGGUUACCAAAGCAACGUCCAAGGCUCCACUCAGUCUCAGAGUACCAUGGGAUACUCCUCAUCAUCCCAGCAGAGCUCCCAGUACUCCCACCAGACGCACCGCUACUAAGAGUCCAACGAGCCGCCCGCCCCUCUCCCCUUCCCCCGCCGCCUCUCCAACCAGCAGAGGACACACGUCCUCGUCUUUAACCGACACCCAGCAGCCUUCCUCGUACAGGUCGGGCAUCAUUCCAACUUGGCCUUCCUCCAUCAGAAGCUGCUCCCACCUUUCUGAAGGCAAAACGGAAGCUAAAGAAACAGAGGUUCUGCCUUGCGGGGCUGGUGAUCACGGCGAAGCGCAGACUGACAGUCAAGGCACUUAAUAAUGCAGCUGUGUUCCCAUGUGUACAUUACGGAGCACCUUUUGCUAUUUCAGUUUUUCGCUCGUUCUCUAGAGGUUUAAAGUUUACCUUGAUAGUUGAUGUCAUUCUAAACAUUGUUACAUAUAAGAGCAGCGAAAAAGAGGAGGAAAAGCCCUUCACCCUUAUCUGUGUCGUUUAAUCAGAAGGAAAGGAGCAAAGGUUGGAGUUAACCCGUUUACCCCGCCCUUUUAAAGGCCACAAUGACCCAGAGAGGGGGGGGGCAGCUUUUCAGCUGAUGUCAGUGCAGGGAAAUGCAGUUUAUUGGAAGCUUUGUAAUAUAGACUUUGUAUAUGUAGAUCUAUUCAUCUCAGUCUGGAAACAAGUAGAGCAGUCGCCUUUAUAUGGAGCUACCCUCUGGAUACUCUGAUGGCUUUAUGGAGAGGAGCGGCUUGUUCUCCUGAUGAUGACGGCGGUUUCCGGAGGCCGGAUGGUCUCCGUGGAAAUAUCUGGUCACAGACCAUCAGAACUUUGAAGGCCUUCUCUUUUUUUUAUUUGUAUUUAAACACAGUUGUAACGUGCGCAUUGCAUACAGGGCAGCUAAACUCCCCUGCCUCCCCCCCACCUCCCUUCCUCCCCCCCUCCAGCAUAUGCUUCUUGAACCUGUUACUGCCGGAUGUCAGAUUUAGUGGUUUUAUUGC